AUGCCUGUAUCCGCCUCGAAAGCCGCCCGCCUGGCUAAAAAGGCUGAGAAGGCCGCCGAGAAGGGUGAAAAGCCCGAGAAAAAGACCGUAGCCUCCAGGCUGUCCUCCAAGGCAAAUUCCAAGAACCCCUCGACAAAUGGUUCGAAAGCCUCGUCAGUUGCCGGGGAUGACGAUCCUCCUAUGCUCGACGAGGACGAAGAGGAUGCACCCGCCACGAGCGCCGACAAGAUGGACAAGGUGAAGAAACUGACUGAACAGAUGGACAAACACGGUCUGUCUGAUCGGGUCACGACCGGUGUCCUAGCCUCCCAAGAAGCAAGUCGGGAUGUCAAGAUUACUUCAGCCUCUCUGGUGUUCCAUGGCAAGGUGCUUAUCACGGAUUCCACCAUCGAAGUCAACUUUGGCCGAAGAUAUGGCCUUCUUGGAGAGAACGGAUGUGGCAAAUCCACCCUCCUAAAGGCUAUCGACAAGAGAGAAUUCCCCUUUCCAGAGCACGUUGACAUCUACCUGCUGAACGAGGGCGCUCCUCCCACUGACAUGGGGGCCCUUGAGUGGGUCAUCAAGGAAGCUGAGAAGGAAGUCAAACGACUGGAUGACCUAGCCGAGGAGAUCUUGGAAAAGGAAGGCCCCGAGAGUCCCACACUCCUUGAGAUCUAUGAGCGCUCGGAAGCAAUGGACCCAAGCACGUUCGAAGUUCGAGCCUCCCUUAUCCUUACCGGCUUGGGUUUCAACAAGAAAACCAUCCAUAAAAAGACCAAAGAUAUGUCCGGUGGUUGGAGAAUGCGGGUAGCGCUCGCCAGGGCUCUCUUCGUCAAGCCGUCCCUCCUCCUUCUCGACGACCCCACAGCCCAUCUUGACCUCGAAGCUUGCGUGUGGUUGGAGGAGUACCUUAAAAAGUGGGACAAGACUUUGAUCCUGGUUUCACACUCGAUGGAUUUCCUGAAUGGAGUCUGCACAACCAUGAUUGAUAUGCGACAAAAGAAAUUACUCUACUACGGUGGCAACUACGACUCUUACAUCAAGACCCGCACAGAACAGGAGACCAACCAACAGAAGGCAUACCUCAAGCAGCAGGAAGAAAUUGCUCAUAUCAAGAAGUUUAUUGCUUCCGCUGGUACAUAUGCAAAUCUAGUCCGUCAAGCCAAAUCAAGGCAAAAGAUCUUGGACAAGAUGGAGGCCGAUGGAUUCAUCCAACCUGUCGUUCAGGAUCGAGUGUUCACGUUCAGAUUUGCCGAUGUCGAAAAACUCCCUCCUCCAGUUCUUUCUUUUGACGAUGUCACAUUCAGCUACUCUGGGAAGCCCGAAGACAAUCUCUACGAGCACCUAGAUCUAGGUGUGGAUAUGGACAGCAGAAUGGCCCUUGUGGGGCCCAAUGGUGUUGGGAAAUCGACCUUGCUGCGCAUCAUGACGGGUAAACUCUCACCGACGGGGGGCUCAGUUAGCAGGCACACCCACUUGAAACUCGGACUCUAUUCGCAGCACUCGGCCGACCAACUCGACUUGACCAAGUCAGCACUCGACUUCGUCCGAGACAAGUACUCGUCCACAUCCCAGGAUUACCAAUAUUGGCGUCAACAACUUGGUCGUUAUGGUCUUUCCGGGGACGCGCAGACGGCCCUGAUGGGCACACUGUCCGAAGGCCAAAGAUCUCGAGUGGUCUUUGCUCUCUUGGCCAUCGAGGGUCCCAACAUGCUCCUGCUUGACGAACCUACCAAUGGUCUUGAUAUUCCUACGAUUGAUUCUUUGGCUGACGCCAUCAAUGCUUUUUCUGGGGGUGUCGUGGUUGUCUCUCACGAUUUCAGACUACUUGACAAGAUCGCCAAGGACAUCAUGGUGUGCGAAAACAAGACUGUCCGACGAUGGGACGGGUCGAUUGGAGAGUACAAAAAUUAUCUUCGGAAAAAGAUGGUGUCGAUGGGACAAGUUUGA